AUGAAGUCACUCCGUUGUGCAUUUCUUUCCCUUGUCUUUUUUAUUUUGAGUCUUUCCAUCUCAGACAACAAUAUCUGUGCUCAAGGGAAAUGCCUUAAUGAUCAGAGAGCUCUGCUAGUCCAGCUGAAUCAUAGUCUUUACGCUGAGGAAGAAGAAGUGGGCAUAACAUUUAUAUCAAAGCGUCGAUCUUGGAAUUUAAGCACGGAUUGCUGUUUUUCUUGGGAGGGUAUUACUUGUGAUAGAGUUGGUCAUGUUAUCAGUCUAGACCUUAGUAGUGAAAAUCUUUUAGAUGGGCUAAGUAGUUGGAGCAGUCUAUUUAAUCUAAAGUACCUCGUGAGAUUGAAUUUGGCUUACAACUCCUUCGACCAUGAUACAUCAUUUCUAUCAAAGUUGCACCAACUAUCUAACCUGAAUUACCUCAAUCUAUCAAACUCAGGCUUCUCCAAGCAACUUCCGGUUGUCAUAUCACGUAUGACAAGGUUGGCUACUCUCGAUCUUUCUUAUUCUAUGUCGGAACUUAAUAAUCUAGAUCUCAAAAUUCUUACUCGCAAUUUAACAAGCUUAAGAGAACUUGUGUUGGAUGGUACAGAUAUGUCUGUUGCAAGUAUUGAGUUUGUUAUCAUGUUCUCUUUCGGGCUCAACCAACUCCAAUAUUUAGACCUUUCAAAUAACAGCUUCACUGGUUUAAUCACAUCAAUAGGUUCGCCUGAGAAUCUCACAACAUUAUGCCUUUCUCAAAAUCGUUUAACAGGUUCACUUCCUUCUCAAUGGAACAAGCUUCUGAAUUUAGUCGACUUGGACUUGACGAACAACUUUCUCAAUGGAACAAUACCGAUGGCUUUGUUUACCAUACCUUCGUUAAAAUAUUUGCAUCUUUCUAUGAAUCAGUUUACUGGUCAACUUGGUGAAUUCUCUAAUGGAUCUUCUUCUUUGUUGCAGUUGCUUGAUUUGAGCAACAAUCAAUUACAAGGUCGUAUUCCACUGUCAAUUUUUCAGAUUCCAAAUUAAAAACUCUUUCGCUUUCUUCAAACAACUUCAGUGGCACAAUCCAUUCAGAGUCCGCAAGAUAUCUCGAGACACUUGACCAAUCUCAGUUGACAGACCUAGACCUUU